UCAACAAGCAAAAUGGCGUUCAGUCCGAUCGGGGAUGAUGCUGAUGACGAAAAGGUUACAGAUGACUACUGGAACACAUCAUCAAGAACUGGUCGAACUAAGGCCUCAAACUUCUUUGACGACUUCUCGCCAGAAAAUGAUGGGCGUGGUCUGUUUGGAGGGGACAAGAGUAAGGCGUUGUCCUUCAAGGAGACGAUGAAGGCUGCAGGGCUGGGGCUAGAUGAAGACGAAGAGGACCAAGAUACUAUCGACUGGGAUGGAAAGAAGACCUCUGUCAAGUUCACAGCUAACUCAAAGCACUCUCGGCCCACGAACCUGCCGGCCUCCGCCAGAGGCACUGUUGGCGUGGCUCCUAAACGGGUACCUCAACACUCAGCGAGCGGUACUGUGUCAGCCCGCAACCAGGCUGGCUCGAUGGGAAACGGAAGUGAACAACCACGGUCCAACAAUUAUCCAUCCCCAGCAUUUGACAGGGGAUCGAUUGACCAGCGAUCCACCCACAGUACAAAUUCUUCAUCUGCCUCCAUUGAAGAAGCCAUAAAGAGAGACAACAAACCUACCCUGGCAGAGAUUUCAAAACUCCAGGCCGAAGUGCAGGCACUGAGAAGGAAAUUAAAGAGUGUUGAGCGUUCACGUUGGGCCUCGCUCCCUGUAGCUGAUACUAUCACAAGGAUAAUAACAGGAGAGACAUACUCACUAGAACCCUAUCGAUCCUUGCAAGACAAACUCUCUCUACUCAACGCGGCCGUUGGCUACCACGAUGGCAAUGCUAUUCUGACCGUGGUGAUGUUCAUGAGGAGGACCCUAUCUAAGACGGUCUUUUCUGACGAGAUACGGAAGAGACCCAUAGCAGCCAAUCAGUACAUAGCGUUCCUCAGGACGCAGCAUGGAAAGAGUGAGAACGUCGCAAGUGAGAUGGGCCAGCUCGGAAGAAUAGAAGACGCAGCAUUGUGGAGAUACAAGCAAGCAACUGAAAAUACAAUACCCCACGGGCAGCUGAUGAAUCUGAAAGAAGUGCAUAGUUUAUGGUUUGACAAGUCUAGCACCCUGUCUACUGAAGGGGAACACAUCAAAGAACAUAUAAGUCUCCUCAACAGACAGUUGCAGAUUGAGGCUGUAGAUGACAAAGCACAAAGAGAAGGACGCCCACCGUUCAAAGAUUACCCUCGCAAAACCAACGUGUACUUCAAGUCUGUCAUAACCACACUUUUCUACUGUUGCUACUAUCAUUUUGGGGAACCAGAGGUCAGUGUGAGCAGUCCCCUAGGGAUUCGACAGCACCACAAACUGACAGAGAAGCAGUAUUUGUUUACAGCAAUGCUUUCAAGAAUAAUGCUACGACGGUGGCAGGAUUUGGACACAUUGUUAACCUCAAAGAACUGGAGGGGGAAGGCCACAAUGAAAUGCGCCGUCAAAUUUGAGCAAGUUGUUGAAAUUCUUGUACAGCAGAGUGCCCCGCAUGAUGCGAUAGACAGAUACCUGAAACUGAUCGAGGACACCGAGUCUCGCAUCGCCCUUGCCAUGAAGCUGGAGCGUCACAGCAUCGUGGUCGAUGCCCUCAUCCAGGUCAGAGAUCGUCAGCGACUUCUCAAGUACCAAAGCAAAGUGCCUGGCGGAACGCCGGAGGCAAGACGUGUCGAGGACAUCAUGAGGAACUCUACUUUCAAGUGGAAGAACUGAGUACGUUGUGGAGGAUUCUACAAACCUUCGGACAAUGGACAUACAUGGCUUCUUAUUUAUGUGACUUCUAAACCUAUGCUUCCAACCCAUUCCUAUAUGAUGCAAUGAUUCGUUCAGAUGAUGGAACUUUUUUUGUCUUCGCUCUUUGCAUUUUAUCUGCAGUUCAAUUGCAUAUCCACAAAAACAAUACUAAAACAAAUAACAUAAAUAGAGCCACAGUACUCCACUGUGAAUCAAAUUGGGCAGCCAUUUUUCAAUAAAAACAUUCCAAUGAUAAAGAAUCAAGGAAGAAAUCUUUUUUUCGUAAAUAUUGUCUUGAUUCCAAUUUUGUAUCGAUGCAGAUUGUAAAACCUAUAACGUGAGUACUAUUUAUAAUUUGUUUAGUUUGUUAUAUUUCAAAAGCAGCUCUGCACUUGAAGGCAAUCCAACAAACAAAGCUUGGUGGAUUGGAUCUGAAAAUAAUGUUGGAGUGAAUUGAACGUUGCUUGGUGAUGGAUUUGAGUGCUAUAUAAGAAGCCACUAUUAUUAUUAUUUUUUGUUAUGAAUUCACAGUUCUCAUCCAUGUAAAAAGUGGUAUAAAAACACUCAAGAUAAGUCAAUAAUAAGUGAUAUAAUGUUUGUUUAAUGUAAAUAUAGCUGGUUAAAUAAUUUAUCAAUAAAUACAAUUUGAUAUAGAA